UUACUACCAUGGAUAUUGCAGACGUUAGGUUUUGAUUCAGCCAUGGAUGUAUGCCAUAAGAGGGACAGGUUUUUCUGUAACGUUUCCAAACGGUGCCUUAACAAAUAUCGUGUAUGUGACGGAGAAAACAACUGUGUAAACGGUGAAGAGGAAUCUCCUCCUGCUUGUGACAUGGAAACAUGCCGUCAAAAUGGCAAGAUUUUUUGUAACGUCUCCAUGCAGUGCAUUAGAAAACCUUUCGUCUGUGACAGAGAUAAAGACUGUGUAAACGGGGAGGAUGAAUCUCCCGCUGCCUGUGCUCUCAAACGAAGGUGUGUUUCGAAGUGGUCCUUAGGCGUUGGUUGCUUGCGUAAAUGUAGACCUGGUUAUUUUGGACAGUUUUGCGAGGAAACUUGUUCAAAAGACUGCUUAAAUAGGACAUGUAAUAUUUCAAGUGGAAUUUGUAAGGACUGUUCACGAACGUAUUUAGAAGGUUGUACACUAGAAUGUGGACAAGGAUGUCGAGAAAAAGACGGUUUCCCUCAGUGUGACAGACAAACUGGCAAAUGCUUGAAUGGCUGUGUUUUAAAUCACUACGGAAAUUAUUGCAACGUUUUAUGCAGAAACUGCAAAAGAAAUUCCUCAGUUGUCCUAUGCGAUAGUAACGGUGUAUGUCUUUAUGGUUGUGAGAACGGUUUUUGGGACGAGAAGUGCAACUCCAAAUGCAGUGCCAACUGUAAAAGUGACGCAUAUGAAAACCGGUGUAAUUCAUCCACCGGGGAAUGUUUAAACGGCUGUACUCGUGGAUGGAGUGGUUUAUUCUGUUGGGAUGUGAGCAGUUUGCAAGCUACGUCUACAAAAUUGACCGAUAAAGAGAACGUCAACUCCUUAAAUACAACUUUGAUAGCCAUAUCAGCUAUGUUCACUGUAGUUGUCGUUGUUGGCGGGAUUAUCUGCUACGUAUGGGGUCGAAAAAGGUUUAUCCGUCAGCAGAAUGAACGCAUUGAGCCAGGACAAGUAUUUCCAGUUGGCGUUCCACCAAGGCAACAGCAAUCCGGGUAUCGUGAACGGCAAAACUCUAACGUGUAUGCCGACAUCCACGAGGAUACCAUGGAAGAAAGUCAUUACAUCUGUGAGCAAGACAAUAUGAACGAAGUAAAUCCCAGACGUAGCGUCGUAGAAUCUGAUAGCAGCAUUGAAUUGAACGCUGCCAGAAAAAGCAAAAAGGAGGAAGGACUAUUUGGUGAUUUAGGACAAUUUCAAGUGGAUUAUAUUCAUGCUAUUGCAAGGGAAGAAUGUGAUAACGAAUUAGGUCAACUCACUAUGGAGUCUCCACUAUAAAAGAUUUAUA